CGUUUGCUUACGAAACGUCAACGAAAAGUCAGAAGUUGCAACACUAUACCAGUUGUCAGUGUUCAGAAAGUAAGGACAAGUGUGUGUAUGCGUGGUUGUGUGUUCAAUUAUCAAAAUGUCUGACUUGAAUCUGAACGACGAUUUAUUGAAUUACGAAUUGGGCGAUGAUAUUGAUGAUCAAGCACUUUACGGGGCUGAUGAGGAUGAACUACUAUUAUCAGAUGAUGAAUUAGAAAAAGAUGUAACAAAAGAAGUUAAACAACAAAUAAAGGCAGAGGCUGAGCAAUGGGUUAAAGAACGUAUACAAGAAAAAGGUGAAAAUGGGGCUAACAACGCUGGUGCUGCUCAAUCAAUUGCCGCAGUUGGAGGUAUAAAUUCUGCAAAAUCGAACAAGGACACAGAGAAGCAAGUCACCGCCGAUGCAACGGAAGUGACUUCAACUGCGGCAACGCAUUCGGUUGCGAAUAGUUUGAAACAUGGUGAUACAACCGAUGAUGUGUCCACUAGUGAAAAUUCAGCACCAGCAAAUGCAGAAUUUAAAGAGCCCACAAAAUCUCAACCUCAAAGAGAAUCAACACAAGCGGUAGCCCCAGUGUCAACACAGACACAGACUUCAUCGGCAAACACAACCAAUAUCGAUGAAGUGACUUCAAGUAGCAGUAAGGAAGUUGAAGUAGAUCAUUCUUCGGUCAUUAGCUGCAGCACCGGUAAUAUGACUGAUUCCUCCUUCAUACAAAGCUCGCAAGAGAGCUUGGGUUUGGCCCCGCUAAGUGCCAGUGAUUUUUCCGAUCCCAGAGAGGAUAUGGAAGAAGAACGUGAAACACGUACAAAUAUAAAAACAACAAAUGAACGUGAUUUUGAUACAGGAAUCAAUGAAUCAGCAGAAAAACAUCACUCCCGAUUCGUACAUAAUAAACGUGGAGGAAAUCCACUGCUGCGACCCCAUUCACUACGCGGCUCUUACCACGGUCAGAGACCACUCCUCCGCUAUCCGCCAUCACACGGUAAUUUUCUAUUGACAACGCACGGGCUACCCGCGGCGAGAACAAGUAUCAUUACAACAACGCUAACCCACACACCUUCCGCCCUCAUUCCAGGUCAAUUCCCACUACAACAACCGCCCCUACCUUACGCACCACACAACACAGCACACGGUCCGCCAUCUACAAAUCCCGGAGCAAUGGGACCACAACCAACAAACCCUAAUGCACAAAUUCCUCUCCACCAACACGAUCCCAUGAACCCCUCACUUUCCCAUCGUCCACGACAUCCAUUCCCCGGAUUUCGUCCAGGUGGGCCUAUGAAUUUUAGGCAUCCUAAUCCAUCAAAUAUGUAUCCACAAGAUUAUAAUGGCAAUGGGGUACCCUUCAGUCAGAACUUCGGUCAUAUGGCACAUCCAUCUCGUGCCAUGUACCGACCGGAACUCGCUGGCGGACCAAUGCAAGGUGGCAACAAUCCAGGAAUAGGACCAACACCUGGACCUAUGGGCAUGCGCCCGAACAUGCGUUUGCCACGUCCACCAUUAUCAAAUUUACCGCCACCAGGCUUAGGGCCAAACUUUAUGAAUAACCCGAACAUUAGACCUCCCCAACAGCAACAACCACUGCAGCCUCCCCCAGCUCCAUUACAGUUGCCACAAAGUGGUGUGCAUCCAAGUAGCAGUGUGCAGGCGUCUCAAGUAUCGGCAAAUAACAAUUGUGGUCCCAUAGCAUCAACAGCAUUACGCCCGAGUAAAGUGCUUAUUAAUCCAAAUUUCAAGGGUGGCGUACAAGCGGCCACAAAUAAGUUUAUAAAAGAAACACAAUUUAUGUCAACAAUUAGCAGUCAUGUCUCACACUUGCAAAGUGACGACGAGCUGCUGCGCCAACAGGAGGAAUUCAUCAAUAAAAAUAGAGAGCAUAUCGAGAAGCGUAGGCAUGAGCGUUCACCACUCGCUGUUAGACGGAGUCGCAGUCGUAGCCGUUCUCGAACACAUUCACGCGAACGCAGCUUUACACCGCCAAAUAAAAGAGGAGGCGGAGGUAGUGGAGGUACCGGCGGGGCCGGUUCACACUUCGACAGAGAACGUGAACGCGAUCGAGAGAGGGAACGUGAUCGUGACCGUGAUCGUGAGCGAGAUCGUUUAGAUCGUGAAAGAGACCGUGAUCGUGAAAGAGAACGUGGUCCAGUCGAACGAGAACGCGGUGGCGUAGGAAGCGGAAAUGGUAACAUGGGACCCAGAGGAAAUCGUUUUCGUCGUGGAAAUAGUCGCGAUCGUGACUAUGAUAAAAGAGGAGGUGGUGGCACAUAUGUCAAACGUAGACGCAGUUUAUCGCCUUUACCACGUGCGGGCGGAGGCUUUCGACGUGGCGGUGAUCGCGAUCGCCCAGAUGUUGAAGAGGACGAAGAGACGCGUGUUUAUAGGCUGGAAAUAGAGAAACAGAAAGCAUUGCGUGAGAAAAUACUCAAGGACAAGGAAUUAAAGAGAAGGCGUGCUGCAGAGGAAAAACAAUAUGAGGAUCAGCGUCCCAAUCAGUCUAAUAAUAAUAGUGCGAAUAACGGUAGCAAUGCUUCGAACAGUGUCAGUGAAACGCAGGCGCAGAAACUUAAACCGAUUGUGGUAACCGAACGCAAAAUAAUAUCGUUAAAGAAACGGCAACAGCAGCAGCCACAAUAUGCUGAUGACGAUUUUCCUCGUCAAAAGUCACAACAGACGCCGCAGGCGCAAAAUCAGCGCAAACAAAUUCCAACGGCGAAAAUUUUGCCCGAAGCAAAACGUAAUUUGAGUGAACACAUAACGAAUGUCACCAGCAGCAGUGGUGUUGCCAACAGCAAUACAGCCAUAAUAAAACCAGUUCAAAAGAAAGAGACCCACACGCCAACGCCACCACCGACGGCAUUAUUGAAACAACAAACACGACGUAUGUCCUCGCCGAGUGAAGAUGAGGUAGAGCUUGACUACGAUGAAGAUGAAUUAAUGCUAGAAAUGGAGGAUCGCCUGUUGGCCACGCCAACACCAUCCCCACCACAACCGGCGGUCUCACGUACACCAACACCUGAGCCAAUAGCUCCACCACCAACGUCUAAGGCAAAUAUGAAAUCCAGUCGUAGCAGUAACAAUACGACAUCGCAAAGAUCAUCAGCAUCGUCGGCACCGUUCAGUUCAAGUAACCGCCGUGUGGUACUCAAAUCGUCUACAACAAGUUCAAGUAAUUCAGGAGGUGGUGGCCGUAAGGAAAGCGAUUUGCACUCAUCCGAAGGCAGUCGCAAUCGACGCACUGGUGGGGGAUCAUCGCGCAGCAGCAGCAGUAAUAAUUCGCGGAAAGGUAUAUUUGAUCGCCUGGAAACCAGGCGUCAAAUGUAUGACAGCGGCGGCGGCAGCAACAGAGACGGUGGUGGAAAUGACGGCAAGCGCAACAAGGGACAACGCAUUGUUUUGAAACAUGAUUAAGCUGAUUGACAAUUUCAAAAGAAACAAAAACAACCGACAUGCAAGCUGCUUUAUGCAAAUAACUUUUGUCAAAAAUUUCUAUAGCUGUGUAGCGAAUUAGAGCUACACAAACAAAUCGUAGAAAUAUUUUGAAAGCGCAUAUUACUGAAAUCCAAUAAGCAUACAUACUUACAUUUCGCUAACUAUUGAAUAUGAACACUGUUGUCAGUGAAAUAAUUAAAAUAUAAGUGGCACGAAAGUCUUCGUUCUAAUAUUGAAAGUGAAAAGAUAAUUUGUAAUUAGCUAACAUGUUGUUGUAGAGACAAAACACAUAACAUACAACGUAACUGUUUAUAUUAUUUAACAAAGAUCAAAUGUAUGUUUUGCAAUGAUUUCUACACGCACAUGCAUGAAACGCGUAUCAGCAAUGGAGGCGCCAUCAUUUAUGUAAACAUUAUUUUCAAUUUAAAUUUCUAAUAUUUUUUUUUUUUUUUUUUUUCAAAAUAA